CCCUGUUCCACCCUCUUCCCUUCGCUGUCCAAGCAAGAUGCCGGGUGUCACAGUGAAAGACGUAAACCAGCAGGAGUUUGUCCGUGCCCUGGCGGCUUUCCUGAAGAAGUCAGGAAAGCUGAAGGUGCCUGACUGGGUAGACCUUGUUAAGCUUGGUAGGCACAAGGAGCUGGCCCCCAGUGAUGAGAACUGGUUCUACAUUAGAGCUGCAUCCACAGUCCGCCACCUCUACCUCCGUGGAGGUGCUGGUGUUGGCUCCAUGACAAAGAUCUAUGGAGGUCGCAAAAGGAAUGGCGUGUGCCCUGCCCACUACAGUGUAGGAUCCAAAAAUGUGGCCCGUAAGGUACUGCAGGCCUUGGAACUGCUCAAGAUGAUUGAGAAGGAUCCCAAUGGUGGCCGCAGACUAACUGCCCAGGGAACCAGAGAUCUGGACAGAAUUGCUGGCCAGGUAAGAAUCUAUUUUCUGCUAAUUUUCUUUCACUUUUUUUGGUUAAUUAAUGUCACUUGGUCAAAUUAGAUUAACACUUUCAUUCAGAGUAAGUAGAAGUCUGAAUAAUGCAUUUACAUGACCUUUCCAGUAACCUGACUUUCAGUUGGCAUCUUGGUUGCAUAGUUGAUUGAAGUGUAGCAAUAUGACUUGACCAUUGUAAAGGUGUGCCCAUAGACUCACUUAGAAGUGGCUCAGUGUUAGAAGCUGAAGUUUUUAAAUGCUGCAUUUCCAAAUAAGAUUGUGGUAUGAUGUGGACACUUGUCCAUAAGUGUUGUCCAUAGCUGAAAAAUGAUUAUGUCCCAUACUGCAUAUGCAUCAUCACUCAGUUUUUACCCCUUGGCCAACUCUGGCCAGAGGGUAUUGUAAUCGUUUUGUUGUCUCUGUCCAUUCAACGAUGUGGUCUCAUUAUCUGAAGAAUGCAUUGAGAUAUCUGCUCCAAAUUUAUACUGCGGAUACAUCUUGGCAUGGAGCAGAAGCGUAU